AUGAAAACCCAAAAUUCAUCCCUUAAAAAUCUAAAAAUUCAGUUAAGCCAAUUGGCAGCUCUUGUGUCAGAAAAGAUUCAGGGUCCCUUACCAAGCAAUAUAGAGAAAAAUCUAAAGGAUCACCUUACGACCAUCACUUUAUGGUUAGGUAAGGAACUUGAUGAACCUUAUGCAGACAGACAAGAAAAGAACCAGAAAGAACAACAGGUAGACAAGGAUUUUAUAGUACUUGAAAUGAAAGAAUGUCCUGAUGAACCGAUAAUUUUGGGUAGACCAUUUCUUGCUACAGGAAGAGCAAUCAUGGAUGUUUAUCAAGGGCAACUAAUCUUGAGAGUUGAUGAAGAAAGAGUCAUUUUUGAUAUGCAAAAGAUACUAAGAUUUUCAGGAGAUGAGGCAUCAUCUUCAUGCUUUUCUAUUGACAUGAUUAGUGAUCUUGCAGAUGAAUUCAAAGAUGAUCAAUUAAUUUCAGACUCAAUGAAAAGAUGUUUGACCAAAUCAAGCACCGCACAAGAUGAUGAUCCCACAAUUAGGAGAGAAGCUAAAAUACUGAAAAAAGAUUCGGAGGAUAAGGAGAUGCAAUUAGAAGAAGAAGAAAGACUAAUUCAAGUCUUAAAAGCACACAAAGGAGCUUUAGGGUGGACUGUAGAGGAUAUCAAAGGGAUUAGUCCAGCAAUUUGUACGCAUAGAAUCCUCAUGGAAGAUAGCUACAAGCCAAUAAUCCAAUCCCAAAGGAGAUUGAAUCCUGCAAUGCAGGAAGUGGUGAAAAAGGAAAUUGUCAAGCUUCUAGCGGCAGGUAUUAUUUACCCAAUUUCAGAUAGCCCUUGGGUAAGCCCAGUUCAGAUAGUACCAAAGAAAGGAGGGUAUAACCAAAUACCAAUUGCACCCGAAGAUCAGGAUAAGACAACUUUCACAUAUCCUCAUGGAACAUAUGCAUACAGGAGAAUGCCAUUUGGUGAUUGUAUAAUAGCUUUUGACACCCUUAAGGAGAAAUUAUCAACUGCAACUGUAGUUGUGUCUCCUGAUUGGAGUCAACCUUUUGAGGUUAUGUGUGAUGCUACUGAUACGACAGUUGGAGUUGUUUUAGGCCAAAGAAAGGAUAAGAUUUUUCGUCCUAUUUACUAUGCCAGAACAAAGGUGACUAUUUUUACUGACCAUGCAGCUUUAAAAUACCUCUUAGCCAAAAAAGAUGCUCGACCUAGAUUGUUAAGAUGGAUUUUACUUCUGCAAGAAUUUGACCUUGAGAUAAAAGAUAAAAAAGGAACAGAGAAUCAGGUAGCUGACCAUUUGUCUAGACUAGAAGACCCUCCCCUUGAGUUCAACGAGAUAAAAGAAGAAUUUCCUGAUGAACACAUUUUUUCAGUUGACUCUGUUGUGACUCAACCACCCUGGUUCGCAGAUAUUGCUAACUACUUGGUUGGAAGAUGGACACCCCAAGAUCUCUCUUACCAGCAAAGAAAAAAGUUUAUUUCUGAUGCUAAGUAUUAUUUUUGGAAUGAACCUUACUUGUUCAAAAUUUAUGCAGAUAAUAUCAUCAGGAGGUGUGUACCUGAAGAAGAGAUGACCAAAAUUUUGUAUCACUGUCAUGAUGGAGCAAUUGGAGGUCAUUAUGCUGCAAACCGUAUGACAUUUAAAGUAUUGGAGGUCGGAUUUUUCUGGCCAACACUCUUCAAAGAUGCCUGA